UCUCUUUGUAUGGGUUUCUAUUUUUGUUCUGUUAAAUGUGUUCCUUAAACUUAUUCUUUUACUGUGUUUGUGUGUAUGUGUAUGUAUUUAGUCAUGGGAGAUUUAUUUCUGUGGUUAUAUUGUUGGGUGCUUGUGUGAUGGUCUUAACAUAAACAGAUAUAAAAACAAGAUGAAAAAAAAUUGUUAUUUCCAGCUCAAGGAAUUCUUAAGAGCUGCUACAGGAUUAAAUUAGUUGAUUUUAUUUAUAGCAGUUACUUAGGCCCCUUUCUUCCCAUGCAAUUCUCUCUUUUACAAAGAAAAUCCCUAACCCAGUUCUACUAAUUUCCACCCUUUCUAUUGUCCUUCGCCUUUGCUUAUGAUAAACAUUUGCUGUUUUUUUUUUUCCCUGAGAUUUUAGUAUAUGAUCAUACAAGACUAAGCAUGGUAAUGGGAUUGGGAAGUGGGUUUUUUUCCCUUUCCUUCUCCCUCUAACAGCGUGGCUUACUCUUUAUCGGCCAUUGCUUCUUUGUUUUCUUUCUUGAAGUCUCUCUGUUCGCCUGUGUGUAGCUUCAAACUAUUUUCCCUCCAUGACAAGAACAAGUUGCAAAAAAAGAUCCCUCUCCAUUAUCUUUAGCUAUCCGAAUCUAUCCCCUCCCUCACAUCCUCUUUCUUCCACUCUAUACUUCUCUUUGCAGCAAUAAAACCUGAAUGAAUACUCUUGUGUCCUAAGGCUCUGAGAGGCUUCUCUUUUGAAUUUUAGCAGCGUUAGAGCUUCACUAGGUGGAAGACUCAUGUGGAGCAAAGUGUUACAUGCAAAUAUCUUCGGUUUAAACAGUUUGAUAAGUAAACUCUCUCCCUGUUGUUGUAAUGGAUGUGGAUGUAUGUUAAUGGAACCGAAAGAGAGAAACCAAGUUCUAGGAAUUCAAAGGCUCCUUAGACUAGAUCUUUCUGUGGUUUGUGGGUCCUUUUUCUUCGGGUUAAAGAAGAUAUCAUCUGAAAUGCUUGUCUAUAUGUGGACUCCAAGGGAGAAUAAUUCCCUUCAGCAUCAGCAGCAGGCGAUGGAAGAGUAUUCCGGUAUCAGGUUGGUGCAUCUACUGACGACUUGUGCAGAGUCCAUGCAACGUGGUGAUGUAUCAUUGGCCGGAUUCCUAAUCGGUGAUGUGCAGAUCAUACUGGAGUAGGUGAGCCAGAGCUGUGGCAUUGGCAAGGUGGCCAGCAUAUUUCGGGUCGAAUAUGCAUCCAUCAUCCAUGUCAUAUAUGUUCAUGUAUUUUUAAGCUAUUCCAACCACUGCAAUGUAUUUUUUCAUAAACCUAAAUCUUCAAAGCUUUAUUUUGCCAAGUGGCAAACUACGAUAAAACUUACACUUGAUAUGUAAUUAUAAGAUUUAGUAGACUACUUGUCCAUAAAAUGUUUACAAAACAUCA